GUCUUUUUGGUUCGGUCCUAAACCCCAAACCAGCGCCACCCAAAUUUUGAACCGAUGCCUCUUUACCAGAUGGGAGAAGGAACGGUCGUGGGUCGAGAGGAUGCAAAUCGAGCGGGCGGGGAGUGUCUCUGUGCACUCGAUAGCAGCAAGGAACGAGGCGGCGAGGUUGAGGCGUCGAUGAGCUGGACAGGGCGUGCCGUCAGCCGUGGAGGAGCAGCCAGGGAGAUCAAAGGGGGAGGGACCGAGGGAGGGAAAGAGACCGAUGGGAUAGAAGGCAAGGAAGAGCAUCGGCACAAGAGAUCAAAUGAGGAGGAGGGCGCAUCGGCCAGGGAGAAAUCGGGAGAUCUGCAGAACGAAGAUGGGAAGGAGAUGCUGGCGAGGGGUGCGGCAAGUCUUCAGGAGAUGGCGCUGGAGCUUCAGGAUGCUGCAACUGGGAAGAGGCGAUGUCUGGCUAUCGAAGAGGACUGAUGGAUACUGAUGCCGAAGUUUGUUUUUGCCAUAAAAUGAUGGGUACCCGAAGUUUGAUGCUGUCUUUAAAACUGCCGGAGGGGUGUUGCUGGGUACUCUCCUCCUCUCCAGAAGAUGAUGGCUGUUGACAAAGCCAGGAGUUGUGGGCAACUCUGUUAUUUCUGAAAUGCUGUUGAAAAUGUCGAAUGUUGUUGCUUUACUUUUCUUGUUUUGCUUUCUUAAUUCGGAUACCUCAAGAUCUGUAUGAACUUACUGCUCCGUUCGUGUUAUUUGAAUGG